GGGAACUGGAUCUUCUUCAUCCAACACCAACAAUCUCCGUCCGCUGGGUUUGAUUCGUCAGCGGGACUCAAUCUAUUGUUCCGUGAAGCAGUCCAUAAUAACAUCUCAACCUCAAGAAUACCACUCAUCACCUGUACCUCCUAGUGUGUUGCCCAGCGUAGAUCGGCGACGAUGUCUCGGCGAUAGCUAGGUACCUAGGCAGCAUCAUAAUACUUCAUGUGUAGACAAGUUCACCCUCAAUCUCAAACCAACGCAUUUCGGCAUGCCUCCAGGAGGGAGUUCUGAUGUAAAACCGGCUGCAGAGAAGCAAGAAGAACAUGGCGACAACGCAUUGGCAGUGGGUAUACGGGCGCGAGUCAAGCACGUUACCUGGGCAUGGUUCCUCUCGACAAUGUCCACUGGAGGACUCUCCAUCGCACUCGCAGAAACACCACACAGAUUUCGGGGGCUUCACACUAUUGGUCUCGUCGUCUUCUUCUUUGAAACCUGUCUAUUUGCACUUCUCUGCACCGCCACCCUGGCCCGAGCCACAUUCCACUUCCAGCAUUUCAAAAAGUCAUUCACGCAUCCAUCAGAAUCCUUCUUUCUUGGCUCUUUUUUGCUCAGCAUAAGCGUCAUCAUCGGCUCCAUUCAGCUCUACGGCGUAACAUAUGGCCCCGGCUACCCAUGGCUUAUCUCCACCAUCAACACUCUAUACUGGAUUUACGCAGCCAUAUCGCUUCUCAACUCCAUAUUCCAAUACUAUAUCCUCAUCGCCCACAGCGCAGCCAGACCCGUUCCCAUUCUGCCCAGCACCUUUCUAGCAGGCUACUCGGCAAUGCUCACAGGCACCAUCUCAUCGCUCAUUGCCGCACAUCAGCCCCCAGGCCGUGCGAUGGCUAUCAUAGUAUCGGGCUGCGCAUACCAGGGCUUUGGAUGGCUCAUCUCGCUGAUAUGUACCGCCUUUGUGAUCAAGAGCCUCUUAGACAACGGGCUUCCCCCACCGCAUUUACGCCCAGCUUUGUUCAUCCCGGUGGGCGCAGGCGCGUAUACCAUAGUAGCUCUGAUAGGUCAGGCGAACGCGAUUCCAGAGUCGUACGGGUACUUUGCCAUACACCGGGAAGCGAAGAGCGUACUUCAGGCGGUUGCGCUGUUCGGGGGCAUUUUCCUGUGGCUGUUCUCCUUCUGGAUCUUUGCUAUCGCUGUCGUAGCGAACGUGAGUGUUGUGAGAAAAAUGCCGUUUGCGCUCACGUGGUGGGCUUUCAUUUUUCCAAACGUAGGCUUCACUUUGUCAACAGUCGUGAUUGGGCGAGAGCUGGGGAGCGAGGUGAUUCUCUGGGUGGGCAGUAUCAUGACGGUGCUUCUGGUUGCUGUAUGGUGUGCUACGUUUGUUGGCUGUGUGCGUGCCGUAUGGUUGAGGCGCAUUGUCUGGCCAGGAAAAGACGAGGAUAAGGAUCGGUAGCGUUAUGGAGGGACUCAAUCUUUAUAUACUACUGGGCUUUUAAGAGUGGAUACGCUGUAGAAGGUUCGAGCUAUCUUGAUUGUCUGGCGUUGACAUCGAAGUCUGAGAAGUAAUGGGACAAGACGAGAGGAGCGUACAGCAUUUCAGGGGUUGAUGCUGCACCUCAAGGAAUGUAUCUUACAACUUCGGCUCUUGUAAUCACUUCUCAGCAACUCGAUUAUCUACAACAGUGUUUGAGGUGUAAGUAAAUCACUGCCUUUACCAUCGAAGACUGCUGCAUAGCUGCCUGCACAAUGCC